CCCAGAGCCUGCGGGUGCAGCAAGAUGGCGGACGGUGACGGCUUAGUGACAGUAUUUUUAAAUUCACUGACGCCCAAAUUCUAUGUGGCACUUACAGGAACAUCUUCUUUGAUAUCAGGACUAAUAUUUAUGUUUGAAUGGUGGUACUUCCAUAAGCAUGGCACGUCUUUUAUUGAGCAAGUAUCUGUGAGCCAUUUGCGACCUCUGAUGGGAGGAACGGAGAGCAGCAUUUCAGAGCCAGGUUCUUCUAGCAACAGAGAAAGUGAAACCAGCAGACAGAAUUUGUCAGAAUGCAAAGUAUGGAGGAAUCCUCUAAAUCUUUUCAGAGGAGCAGAAUAUAGGAGAUACACUUGGGUGACUGGUAAAGAGCCACUUACCUACUAUGACAUGAAUUUGUCAGCUCAGGACCAUCAGACCUUUUUCACCUGUGACACGGACUUUUUACGUCCUUCAGACACAGUUAUGCAGAAGGCAUGGAGGGAAAGAAAUCCUCCAGCUCGAAUCAAAGCAGCCUAUCAAGCUUUAGAAUUAAACAAUGACUGUGCCACUGCAUAUGUUCUACUGGCUGAGGAAGAAGCAACAACUAUUGUGGAUGCUGAAAGGUUAUUUAAACAGGCACUCAAGGCAGGAGAGACAAUUUACAGGCGGUCACAGCAGUGCCAGCACCAAAGUCCUCAGCACGAAGCUCAACUGAGAAGAGAUACGAAUGUACUGGUAUAUAUUAAAAGAAGAUUAGCAAUGUGUGCAAGAAAAUUAGGAAGAAUAAGAGAAGCAGUAAAAAUAAUGAGAGAUCUGAUGAAAGAAUUUCCUCCUCUUACCAUGAUGAACAUCCAUGAGAAUCUCCUAGAAUCACUUUUAGAAUUACAGGCCUAUGCAGAUGUUCAGGCAGUCCUAGCAAAAUAUGAUGAUAUAAGCCUUCCAAAGUCAGCAGCAAUCUGUUACACAGCAGCACUAUUGAAGACAAGGACUGUUUCAGAUAAAUUCUGUCCUGAAACAGCCUCCAGAAGAGGGCUAAGCAUGGCAGAAAUUAAUGCUGUGGAAGCAAUUCAUAGAGCCGUGGAAUUUAAUCCUCAUGUUCCAAAAUAUUUACUAGAGAUGAAGAGUCUAAUUUUACCUCCAGAACACAUUCUGAAACGAGGUGAUAGUGAAGCAAUUGCCUAUGCUUUCUUCCAUCUUCAGCAUUGGAAGAGAAUAGAAGGUGCUCUGAAUCUGUUACAGUGUACGUGGGAAGGCACUUUUAGAAUGAUUCCAUACCCUUUAGAGAAAGGCCAUCUAUUUUACCCUUAUCCCAGCUGCACAGAGACUGCUGAUAGAGAGCUAUUACCUACCUUUCAUCAUGUUUCUGUUUACCCAAAGAAGGAGCUUCCUUUUUUCAUCCAUUUCACAGCAGGACUGUGUUCUUCUACAGCAAUGAUAGCUCUUCUCACACACCAGUUUCCUGAAAUCAUGGGUGUUUUUGCUAAAGCUAUGAAAACCAAGCCUGACAUUCGACAUAGAGCAAUAAUAAAAAAAAAAUGCAUAAGUCCCUGGAGAUGUGGAAUGUGCUGAUAUCAGAGCCGAUAUUCUCCAAGGCCAGAAUUCCUGAAAAAGGAAAAAUUGCUUUUAAGUGGUAGGUCAUUUUCUCACCUGCUUUGAAGCCUGCUGGGUUAAAUAUGAGAGUUCAAAGUAAGGGUAGCCAGCAAACCAAAUGAACUGGAAUCUGAUUCUGCUUAUCUGAAAGGAGCUUCUUUAUUUAAGAGCAGCACUGCCCUCUCCUUAGAGAACCAAUCUUCAUCUACUCUGGCCCCUUUCAUUUCUCUCUUGCAAGAAAAGCUUUCUUCUUAGUAAGCCUUGGGAGGGCGUUAUCACAGCAGUGAAGACUAAAGAUGGUCUUUGGGGAUUUCACUAACUUGCUGAUGAAUUCAGGCUUGUGGCAUGUGACUUUAGUACUUUGAAUUCAGAAGUGUGUUUGAAUAUAAAAAUCCUUAGUUGGGUUUUAACUAAAUAGGAUAGCCUUUGCAACUUGGCAGAAAAAGGUGUUAGUGGGUAAAGACAGGAAUAAAAAAGAUUCCCAAAUAAAUUGUUUGUUUCACUAAAGCAAACCUCUGUUGAAAUCUGUUUCACUGAACACAUAUUGUAGCUGUGCUGAGGUGGGAAUGGGCCCUGUUUCCACAUAUUUUUACUAAUCUUUAUGUGGGAAAAUGUGGUUGGACAUGCCAGUGAUGAAUUUCUGAGCAACUCAUAAUUGGCUGGCUCCACUGUAACUAGGGCCUAACAAUCUGCUUGAUUAAUUCUUUAAGGACUACAUUAGCCAAGUUGCAUGAUUUCCAAAGAUAUAGAAGGUCAGAUGUUAUACUAACAAAAGACCUUUCUACAGAAUGUCUCACUGGGAUUUCUUCAGCCCCUUCCCAAAAAUAAUUAAUAUUUUUCUCCCCAAAUUACAUUUUUAAGAAUAAUAAGCAGAAAUAAAUGGCCAAGUGUGUUUUACUGAAUAGUGAUCAAAACUUUUGAGGUUUGUACACUAUUCUCAUGAUUUUUUUCCAGGGCAAAGAUCAUCCUCGUAACUAGGGAAGUUGGUAGAUAAUUAUAACUUUAUAUUGAGAAACAUACUGGUAGAAAAAAAUAUAUUAUUUGUAAAAGUUCCUAAUUUUCCAUUGUCAUAACAAGGGACAUGAAAUCUGUUCAUAGGUGAAAGUAAUUUUUUAUAUUCUCCAUCUGACUUCAUUCAUAAUGAAAACCUAUGAUAGUUACAUCCCUCUUUCUUAAAUAGGGUCACAUUCAGAAAUUCAACCGACAAGGAAAAUAAGUCUCUUUACUUUGUUUGAAAAUGGAUUAUUUUUCAAAGCUUUGAGACUUCUUUGGUUCCUAAGAACUGACAUAGCUUUUAAAACAUUUUUGAAUUGUAACCAAGCUUAUAUUCACAUAAAAUAUUGUUCUGUAACCAUGCUAUUUCUACAGUAAUAUAUCUGAGGUAUUUCCCAGAGAUUAUACUGAUAAUAAAGGAGCCCAUUGUGUGACAGGUCAAAAAAUGUUAAA